AUGUCGAAGAGGACAAAGCAACCACAAAUUCACCAGUUUUUCGGACCGUCAUCAGCAAGGUAAGCAUUAAUAGAUUAGUCUAUUACACGAGUACGCUUAAUUAUAGCAAGCAGACAGUGCUGAUUUCUCAAGAGUUGUUUCAUGAAUCGAUUUAAAACUGAAAUAUCAUAAGUUUACAUUCUAAAUUUUCUUCCCUAGAUCGGAGACCAGCAAAGAUAAUGAGUCUUUUGACCAAUCAUCUAAUUCUUCUAGCAGUUUGAAUGAGAGCUCGAGUAGUGCAAAGAGGAUUCGUUGCUCUAGCGAUGCCGGUAAGAACAUUUUCCAUAACAAAAAAUACUACAAGCUAUCAAUUUGGCACUUGUCAACACUUUUUUUAUUUUGUGUUUACAGAGACCGAAAAAGUGACCCAAACAGGUACAGGCAGUGACGAUUUGCCAGUGACCGUCGCUCGACAAAAUGAGACAACUCUAUCUUCUUCAAAGCAAGGUAUUUCAUUUUUUAAAUUAGUGACAUAAAUCAGAAAGCUUAAGCUUAUAUAUUACAUAAAAAUGGAAAACGUCAUUGCCAUUAUCAAAGCUCGGACCCAAUGUUAGGUGCACAGCAGUGUUACUUAACUUCACUCAUGCUUUUUAAAGCAGCAUUCUGUUCUCUACGUGACAAUCCAGACUAACCAUGAAAAUUUGUAAACAUGCGGGAUAAGUCGAGUCACGAUCAUUAUCAGUUUGAUGCGGCUUUGUUGGAGACCUCUAAUUAAAGUUAUUUCCGACACGUUUCUUUGCCAGCGGAAUGAAUAAAAUGAACAACGUAAACAAGGUCCAUUAUGUCUGAGUUGGGCAUUUUCCAAUAUUUUCUCAGGUGCUACCAUGAUGAGUCUUCCUCGCGAAGUCCUUUUGGAAAUAUCAAAGUGGCUCUCAUUGGAAGAACGCAUGACAAACCUUGCACCAGUCUGCAGAUAUCUUUAUAAUGUCAUGCAUGAUUCUAGUCUUUGGAGAACUGUUUAUUCAAACACUGAAUUCACUCUUCAUUCGUUUAAUUAGUAAUUUAGACACGAUAGGGAUUUACGGCAUCUAGGCUUUAGACAUUUGCAAAGACCUCUAACUUUUAUUACCGACGCUUUUUUUAUUGAACAAAAAUUAAUGAACUGUUACAACUUACUAUCUUUGGAUCUUGGAUACAAUACGUCGAUUUCUUCUUUACACUUUGUGAGACAUAUGCCCAGUUUAAGGGAACUUGAUAUAACAAGUUGCCAAAAUAUUACAUUAGAAAGUCUAGUAACUUCCCUUUACAAAAAAAAUACACUAGAAAUAUUAAGAAUGCCUAAUUGUUUUCAAGUAGGCGGAAUUUCCUUAGUGUCUGUAGUAAAAUCCUUACCUGACAUUAAAAUUGUUGACGCUGGUGGUUGUGAAACAAUAUCCGUAAAUCAAGCUCGAGAUAUUUUGCAGAAUUGCCAACUCUCCGAAUUUUCUUUUUCCCCUAACAAAAAAAACAUCCAAGUUCAAAUUGAAAGCAAAUGCGGGCGCACGAUUAAGAGAAACAGAGAAAUUGUGAAAAGUGUUGCAAAGUGCGUCCAUUUUUGCGGCAAACAGUGCAUUGCAUUGAGAGGCCAUAGAGAUGACAGCACUGCCGAUCAAAAUGGAAACAGGGGCAACUUUCAAGCUUUGCUGGAAUUACGUGUUGACUCAGGCAAUGAAGUUUUAAAGAACCACCUAGCAACCCGCAGCGCGAAUGCACGAUAUUCUAGUAAAACAAUACAGAAUCAACUCAUAAUGCUGAUCGGAGACCACAUAAGGGAUUCGAUAAUUCAAGAAAUCAAAGAAGCAAAGUACUUCUCAAUUCUUUGCAAUAAAGUCACUGACAAUGCUAAUCUUGAACAGUUGUCUUUGGUUUUACGGUUUGUCGACAAAGAGUGCAUGAUCUGCGAAGAGUUUGUAGACUUUCGAUGCACCGAUCGAAUUACUGGUCAAGUAAUUUUUUUCCUUGAUCUUGGAGAAGUUUGACCAGUGGGGUCUGGACAUUUCAAACUGCCGAGGCCAAGGCUACGAUGGAGAAAGUAAUCAGCGUUGAUCAGCCGGAUUCGCAGAGAACUAAGAUCCGCGACCUCUGCCGUACUCGUUGGGUUGAACGUCACGAGGCAUACGAAACGUUCACGCUGUUACUUCCAUCGAUUGUUAAAACCUUUGAGGUUAUUUUGGAUGAAUAG